AUGUCCACUUCGGCGGCUAGGUCUAUCAAGCAGGCGCUGGCCACUGGCCGCAAGCUGCGAAGUUCGGUAAAGAAAUUGGAAUCUGAGUCUCCUGAACAGGAAAUUGUUACCAAGGAUAAGAGGAAGAGAAAACUAAGAUUUGAGUCAUCGGAGGGUAAGAUUCAAUAUGUUCAUCUUGCUUUGUUAUUGUCGAAUCUCACCCAAGCCUCAGAAUCAGAGAACAGUGGCCUCGAAGAUGAGGUGUCAGUUGGUGCACAGACAUCUCGAGAACACGUGAUCAAACUCCUCAAGAAGCGUAUCAUGAAGAAAAGAAGAACUCGAGGUCCUUCGAAAACCACGCAUCGGCGAUCAAAGACACCAAUUGAAGACACCACCUCUGUAGUUCACAUGGAUAAAGAACCUUCAACCGACUUUUCUGUAUACAAAGACAGUGAGAUGGUCUUGAUGUUACGUGAUGUCGGACUUGACACCAGAGGAUUCAACAGACAAGCGUUAAUCCAGAAUUGCAAGACUUACCAGGAUCUAAUCAUACUUCCCUCGCCGGGAAACUUACAUAUUACUAGUCAAACGGAUUUGACUACUGACCCCCCCCUCACAAUUGUGGCACCCGUAGGUUCAACCCAGUUUGGGAAUCAAACCCCCCGCUUCACAUUUGAAGUGCCAUUUGGUUCAAACCAGGGCGGAACUGAUCAAAGUUCAUCAACCUCUAACUUGCCCAGCCUCGAAAAAGGGACAUUGGCUUAUCCCCGCCCAAAACCGACUACCGACUUAGUUCCGUCAAAGAGGGACAAAGGCAAACAGAAAGCACAAGCUUCCGAAAGUGAUUACCAUCCCAGCAGAACUGAUGAAGAAACUGAUCAAGAAGGUGGGAGAGACAACGGCAUUCAGAAGAAAGAUAUUGUUUCUGAUAGAACAGGUGAUUGCAACUCGCAAAGUGGCAAGAAGGACACACAAAAAUCUAUUUCUCCGUGCCUAAGCGAAGGCGAAAUGAAUUGUGACACAGAAAAAGAAGAUACAGAGCCAUUGAUGAAUGAAGAUAGAAAACUCAUUCAAGAGCUUAAAAAGAUCAUUUCAAACACCAAUCAGCGAGUAGACUCCUUGACUCACGAAGUCAGCGUGCUGUCUCAGAUUGUCAAGCAACGACUGCAUAACGAGUCUGAAGGUAUCAGUAAAAAGAAAACCAAGGGCGGCCGCACAUCUGUUUGCUAUCCUAUCUUUUUACAUCAAUAUACCACAGACACACGUUGA